UUCGUUUUGUUAAUGUACUGAGAAAAAUCAUACGAAAAUUCUCAAUAACACUUUGACCAACCCAACCAAAACACGCAUAAAUAAAUAUACAAAUCGGAAUGACAAAGUGGAACGACAUCAAUAAUUACAUACAGAUUCAAGUUGAACAUCUAAGUGGCCGAGACCUCGUCCAGUUACCUUACACCCGCCCGCCACAGCGAGCGUGAAGAUUGCCUACCAACUUGGAAACUAGUGCUCAAUUUUAUUACAAUAUUUUUGAAAAAGAAUAUUACCCCUAAACUAAUUUUUUCGAGUCUUGGUGUGUGAAAUUAUAUCUAUAUUUAUAAACUUAUCCACGGUAUAGGAAAAAAUAUAGUAUUGUUAACAUUAAAAAGAGAUUGUUUUUUUUAUAUUUCGGUACUUGAAGCAUUAAUUUAGUGCAUUUGUGGAGUCGAGUCGCACGUUGUGCGGCAGUGCAUAGAGCAGUCAAAAUAUGAAGUGGAUUCUCUGUUUUUUAAGUGUGGUGUUGACCUGCAGAGGUCAGCGGCCAGCCUCCUUGCCUUUCGGUUCAGACAGCUUCAGGACUAUAGUGAGGGGACUAAGCACCGCUCCUGGCCGUUCAGCAGUAGUUGACGACAUAAUCAUCCGAUAUUUCAGUACAAAUGUGACGUCUCCGAGUUCUUACCGUAUCGCCAACAUCAAGGCGGUGCUGUCAGACCCAGCGUUUGACGUCAAGAAACCAACUGUACUUUACGCACAUGGCUACGUGGAACUCCUGACAGACGACAGCUUAAGGACCGUAGUAUCUGCUUACCUUAAACGCGGCGGGUACAACAUACUGGUGCUGGACUGGUCCAAUCUCGCCUUCGGGAACUAUGUCGUCGUAGCCAAGACCUUACCACAUGUGGGAGAAUUCGUUGGCAAAUCAGUAUACAAGUUGGUAAAGCAAGGGUUACCAGUUCAGAACCUGCACCUGGUCGGCCACUCUCUGGGCAGCCACAUCUGUGCUUAUAUCGCGAGGUAUCUCUCGGCGAGAGGAUCUAAAGUACCCAGGUUAACCGGUUUAGACCCAGCGUACCCAGGUUUCUACCCACCUUUAGCAGCACCACCUAUGACUCCAGAAGACGCAGAUUUUGUGGACGUCAUCCACACGGACGGUGGAGGGUAUGGAGCUCCAGACUCCACUGGUCACGCUGACUUCUGGCCUAAUGGGGGGCAGGCCAAGCAACCUGGAUGUUUGUCUGCUACCAUAUUUCUUAGCAAUGAAGACUUUUGUAGUCACUGGCGUUCAUGGGAGUUCUGGUCUGAGUCCCUGCUGAGGGAUGACUUCCUGGCGCGUCCGUGUGCGGACUACGACACCUUCCUCCGAGGACAGUGCUCGGAUCAGCCCCUUGUAUUUAUGGGGAUACGGUCAACACCGGAUUUGCGUGGCAACUUCUAUUUGAUUACCGGAACGAAGUCACCGUUUGGACUCAACGUGAGAGGAUGCUUUAGGCAGAGUAUAGUUCCCUAA